GAUCCCUGAAGCCAGGUACAAGCAAGAUGAGAGCCAGUUAUCUCCAUGGAGUGACAGAGGCUGGUCUGUUUUCCAGGCUGCUUUCCCCAAACAUGGCCAACAAGGGUCCUUCCUAUGGCAUGAGCCGCGAAGUGCAGUCCAAAAUCGAGAAGAAGUAUGACGAGGAGCUGGAGGAGCGGCUGGUGGAGUGGAUCAUUGUGCAGUGUGGCCCUGAUGUGGGCCGCCCAGACCGUGGGCGCUUGGGCUUCCAGGUCUGGCUGAAGAAUGGCGUGAUUCUGAGCAAGCUAGUGAACAGCCUGUACCCUGAUGGCUCCAAGCCGGUGAAGGUGCCCGAGAACCCGCCGUCCAUGGUCUUCAAGCAGAUGGAGCAGGUGGCUCAGUUCCUGAAGGCGGCUGAGGACUAUGGGGUCAUCAAGACUGACAUGUUCCAGACUGUUGACCUCUUUGAAGGCAAAGACAUGGCAGCAGUGCAGAGGACCCUGAUGGCUUUGGGCAGCUUGGCAGUGACCAAGAAUGAUGGGCACUACCGUGGAGAUCCCAACUGGUUUAUGAAGAAAGCGCAGGAGCAUAAGAGGGAAUUCACGGAGAGCCAGCUGCAGGAGGGAAAGCAUGUCAUUGGCCUUCAGAUGGGCAGCAACAGAGGGGCCUCCCAGGCCGGCAUGACAGGCUACGGACGACCUCGGCAGAUCAUCAGUUAGAGCGGAGAGGGCUAGCCCUGAGGCCUGCCCUCCCCCAGCUCCUUGGCUGCAGCCAUCCCGCUUAGCCUGCCUCACCCACACCCGUGUGGUACCUUCAGCCCUGGCCAAGCUUUGAGGUUCUGUCACUGAGCAAUGGUAACUGCACAUGGGCAGCUCCUCCCUGUGCCUCCAGCCUCAGCCCAACUUCUUACCCAAAAGCAUCACUGCCUUGGCCCCUCCCUCCCGGCUGCCCCCGUCACCUCUACUGUCUCCUCCCUGGGCUAAGCAGGGGAGAAGCGGGCUGGGGGUAGCCUGGAUGUGGGCCAAGUCCACUGUCCUCCUUGGCGGCAAAAGCCCAUUGAAGAACCAGCCCAGCCUGCCCCCUAUCUUGUCCUGGAAUAUUUUUGGGGUUGGAACUCAAAAAAAAAAAAAAAAAAAAAAUACAUCAAUCUUUUCUCAGGCCUGGCUGGCAGAGUUUCAUUUGCCCUGGUCACUUUUGUUAUGGUUUCAGAUCUGCACAGGGGACAGGCAGGCAUCUCGGGCUUAUAUGUGUUCCUGGCUGCCGUCCUCCGAAGGACCCUUCACGUGCCAAGAUUCCGGGACGGUCAGAUUCUUUCAGAGGAAACAGGCCAUAGAACAGGAGAGUGAAUCUUGGGGACCGAAGGGAAAAAG